CGGCUCGCUCGGCGCUCGGCUCCCUCGGCAGCUCCAGCCCCGGCCCUCCCCGUCCCCCGCCAUUUCAGACCGGGACGGAAAGGGACGCGGAGCGGGCGCCGCGCGCGGCGGGCAGGGAGACGCCGGCGUGCUCCCGCGGCCCGCAGAGCGCCGGGCAGGUCUGCUAAAAAAUGACAGAGUAUAAGCUUGUUGUCGUUGGAGCUGGUGGUGUGGGCAAGAGCGCCUUGACAAUACAGCUCAUUCAGAACCACUUUGUGGAUGAGUAUGACCCUACCAUAGAGGAUUCCUACAGAAAGCAAGUAGUAAUUGAUGGGGAAACCUGUCUCUUGGAUAUUCUUGAUACAGCAGGUCAAGAAGAAUAUAGUGCAAUGAGGGACCAAUAUAUGAGAACAGGAGAAGGCUUCCUGUGUGUAUUUGCUAUAAACAAUACAAAAUCUUUUGAAGAUAUUCACCAUUAUAGGGAACAAAUAAAAAGAGUUAAAGACUCUGAAGAUGUCCCAAUGGUGCUAGUAGGAAACAAAUGUGAUUUGCCUUCCAGAACAGUAGAUACAAAACAAGCUCAGGAUUUAGCAAGAAGUUAUGGAAUUCCUUUUAUUGAAACAUCAGCAAAGACAAGACAGAGAGUGGAGGAUGCUUUUUAUACAUUGGUGCGAGAGAUUCGACAGUACAGAGUGAAAAAAAUCAGCAAAGAAGAAAAGACUCCAGGGUGCAUGAAAAUUAAAAAAUGCCUUGUAAUGGGUGUUGACGAUGCCUUCUAUACAUUAGUUCGAGAAAUCAGAAAACACAAAGAGAAGAUGAGCAAAGACGGUAAAAAGAAGAAAAAGAAGACAAAGACAAAGUGUAUAAUUAUGUAAAUACAGUGUAUCCUUAUUCUUAAGACGUACUGAAGUAAUUUUUGUACAUUACACUAAAUUAUUAGCAUUUGUUUUUAGCAUUACUUUACUUUCUGCUUCAUGAUCCUGUUAGCUUUACCUGAAUGCUUGUUUUAAAUGACAGUGGAAACUUCAUUCCUCUUAAAGUGCCAGUAUUCUUUGAGUGUUGGUUCUUGAACUAGCAAUGCCUGUGAAGAAAAAUAAAAACAGAAAAAAAACACACAAAAACCUGAGAACUGUCUUAGGACUCUUUGGUGCAUGCACAGUUGCUAACUUACUACUUUUCUUACUGAUUGUGAACUUCUGUUCUGUGUGUAAACAAAACAAUGAAAUGAUGCUCUACAUGUUCUAACAUCCCCCUUAAUUUUUACUAUUUUUUAUUUUUUAAAUCUGGUUGGGAAAACAGACUAGUUAGCAAAAAAAGAAUUUAUUUUCAGAUUUUCUUUUAGUUUAGACUGACUGCAAUAUUGAGAGACCAGAAGCCUUUAUAGUCUUCCUGUAGAUUUUGCUUCUAGGCAUCUAGUCUUGUAGCAUUUCAGAUCAACUUUAUUGAAUGUAAAGAUAAAACUUUCACAAAAAAAUUUUUUCACUGCAAUUUGUCUCAGUCACUCCUUAAAUACUAUAUUUUUUCUAUUAAAAAAAAAAAAAAGAAAAAUUAAAAAAAA